AUGGAUAUAUAUAAAAGGAUAUCGUCUAUUUGCUGGUAUGCCCGGAUCUUUGGGUUGUGUCCGUUUUAUGUGCGCAGAGGAUCUAAAUUUAAUUGGUUUUCAUUGUCUGCAUUUUGGGCAUUCGUCGUAUUUCCUUGUUUUCUUUUUUAUUUCACUACUUUGAAAAAAUGUCCACUUAUCGAUUUCAUAUUUCUUAUCAUCCCAAUGUAUGCAAGUAAUUUUGUGUCCAUAGGAUUACCAAACCUUAUUGAAAAAGUCUCUAUGUGCGAUAGCCUUGCAGGGUAUAGUUUUGGAUGGCUCGUUCUUGCCGGGUUCACAGUUCUCAUUCAAGCACCGUUGUAUACUUUCGGAAUAUUCAAAGGUGACUUCUUUACUUUUUUUUGGCAUUUAGUUUUCUCAUCAACAGUGAGAAUCAAUGUUAUACUAUACCUUUUGUUUGUCUUUGAAAUAGACAAACGCCUACGAUCAUUUGAGCGAAACUUGAGGAAAUUACGGGGCAUUAGGAAUGUGCAGUCAGAAACUUUGGAAAAUUAUCGUAUCACUCUAUGGAAUAUUUUUAGUUGCUUUAAACAUUUUCAAGAGCACUAUGAACCAAUAAUUGUCCUCAUAUUUUCUGUAAUAGGAUCAAGACUACUCAUAAAUAUUUUUCUUUUAAUAUGGAAGGACAAUUUAGUAGACUGGGCAGAGCUUACAGCCAUGGCGCCGUUUUUACCCUUGAUAUGGAUGGCUUCACACUUAACAAACAAUAUUUUUAUGACAAUAGAUAAUAUUACUGAUCAUCUUAUAAGCACUGUAGUACAUAAAAAUGAUAAUUCGGCUAGAAAACAGGUAAGCUGA